UACCUCACAUGACAUACCGGGACACCGAGUUGCAAGGCUUCUUUAUUCCCAAGGGGACGACAAUCAUCACCAACUUGUCUUCGGUGCUGAAGGAUGAGACAGUCUGGGAGAAACCAAAUGAGUUUUACCCCGAACACUUCCUGGAUGCAAAGGGGCAGUUUGUGAAACCAGAGGCCUUCCUGCCCUUCUCAGCAGGUCGCCGUGCCUGUCCGGGAGAACAGCUGGCCAGGAUGGAGCUCUUUCUCUUCUUUACCACUCUCCUGCAGAAAUUCACUUUUGUGCUCCCUGAGGACCAGCCCAGGCCACGGCAGGACGGUCACUUUGCACUCACCAACUCUCCACACCCAUACCUGCUGCGAGCUCUCCCAAGAUAGGUGCACACCACUCCCCUUUCACUGACAGACCACCAC